CCCCGCCGAGCAAGAGCUGGCCGGGCGGGAACGGAAGACGCAGUCCCGGCACCCAUUUUCUAGACAACGGAUGUGAUUCUCGGCGUCCUCGUUUAUCGAGCGCCUCCCGAGGCCCGGCCCUGGGAUGCAGCCUGGCAGUGAUCGGCUUAGUCUCUCCCUGAUGUAUCAGCUGACGAUACAUCACCCUGAUAAGGCCGCGACUCACCAAAGUUGUGACAGAGGAGCUCGUGGAAUAGGGAGCCAGUCCUGGGUUCUGGGCGCGCUGAAUCCUGCUUAUCGAUGAAAUGCAGUUGACACAUCAGCUGGACCUAUUUCCCGAAUACAGGAUGACCCUUCUGUUAUUUAAAGAUGUAAAAAAUGCUGGAGACUUGAGAAAAAAGGCCAUGGAAGGUGCCAUUGAUGGCUCAUUAAUAAAUCCUACCGUGAUUGUCGAUCCAUUUCAGAUACUUGUGGCAGCAAACAAAGCAGUUCACCUCUACAAACUGGGAAAAAUGAAGACAAGAACUCUAUCUACUGAAAUUAUUUUCAAUCUUUCCCCAAAUAACAAUAUUUCAGAGGCCUUGAAAAAAUUUGGUAUCUCGGCAAAUGACACUUCAGUUCUGAUUGCUUAUAUUGAAGAGGGAGAAAAACAAAUAAAUCAAGAAUACCUAAUAUCUCAGGUAGAAGGUCAUCAAGUUUCUCUCAAAAAUCUCCCUGAAAUAACAAAUAUUACAGAAGUCAAAAAGGUAUAUAAACUAUCUUCACAAGAAGAAAGUAUUGGGACAUUAUUGGAUGGUAUCAUUUGUAGAAUGUCAACAAAAGAUGUUUUGUGAAAUGACAGAAAUAUUAAAAAUUUUCAGCA